AUGAAUUAUUUUUUUGGAAGAAAUAAUAAUGCUGAUGAUAAUAUUAGCCAAAAUAAAAUUGAAACUGUUAAAGAUUCUAUAAUUUCUGACCAUUUAGAAGAGAGACGGCGUUCAAUGUCAUCUGAGACUGAUUCAAUAGUAUUAGAUGAUAAUAAACAUUCUUAUAUUCACGAUAUUACUCAAAGAAAAGGUAGUAUUUGUCGUAUUAUUUUAGGUCCAGAUACAGGGCUUUUUGGUACACAUAUUCCUGAAACUCAUCAAUCAAAAAAAGUUACACUUGAUGAUUUUAUGACUCAAUAUAAUAAAUAUCAAAUUAAUGGUACUGGUUUCAAAAAGGAAGAUUAUUUAAAGAAAAAAUAA